UUUCUGGGUAAAUAAGUAAAUAUGAGCCGUUAUGUAACUUUAAAUUUGUUUCCACGUGGAACGACUGAAGGAAUGAAUCACUUAAUGAACGUCGUUCUGCUCAGUCCGGUUCUUGUGAACCGGUUCUUUCCCCUCAGGCUGCUGGAAACCAGACCGCCGCUGCUGUUAUUAUUAUUAUUAUUAUUAUUGAUGUUUUUAUUUUGGCCUCCAGCGCCAACUGGAGGUUAACUGUGACGUCACAAGUGAACACCCCCCGCUGCUCUGAGGAACCGAACCUGGAUCAGGAAGAACCAGACAGAAACCCGGAGACGGAGCUCCGCCCCUUCCACGGAACCACUUCACCCYGGGAUCCGAACCGACACCCAGAGGGCUGCGAGCGCUGCUGCUGAUCGGACCGGACCGGGACUGAUGACCGGACCGGACCCGAACCGGACCGGUGCCUGGAUGAAGGAGCUGCAGGCGGAACCCGCUGCGAGGAUGGAGGAACGGUUGGCCGACACCACGACCGCCUCAAACACCAUCAACAGCACGUGGUCCUGUCCCCAUGACGACGACGGAUUCAAGUACAAGGCCUACAUCUUCACCUACUUCCUGGUGUUCCCGGUGGCGUUCCUCUGCAACAUCAUAGCGCUGGUGGUCUUCUUCAAGACGAAGAAACGCAGGAUCAAGCCCGCCUUUGUGAUCAUGGUGAACCUCGCCCUGUCUGACGGCAGCUUCUCCCUCACCCUGCCUCUGCGACUGGCGUACUACCUGAACAAGGGCCACUGGACCUUUCCUGACUGGCUCUGCAGACUCUGUGUCUACGGCUUCUACGUCAAUCUCUACUCCAGCAUCCUGCUCCUCACGCUGCUCAGCCUCCUCCGCUGGUUUUCCAUCAUCUAUCCACUGCGUCAUAAGUACGUGCAAAGCUUCAGGUCAACCUUACUGAUAUGUCUGGCAAUCUGGCUGUUUGUGGGCGUGUCCUCUGUGCCCUUCCUAGGCAGCGGCGUUACAGACAGAGACGGAAUACCUCGCUGCUUUGAGCCGGCUACUCCAAAGUCUUGGUCCCGUAUUCUCAGCAUGAACUACGUGGCGUUGAUUUUUGGAUUUGUGCUGCCGUUCUUCACCAUCAUCCUGUGCUGCACCAAGAUCAUCCACUCCCUGACACACCCACAAUGUUCUCAGGACCUGGAAAGCCGCAUGAAGUUAAGGAAGAAAAACAAGCGCUCAGUGCACCUGCUCGUCAUGGUGAUCGCGACCUUCCUGCUCUGCUUCCUGCCCUACCACGUGAUCCGGACCCUGCACCUUCACGCCGUCAACGGCCACUGGAACUGCGGCGUCACCAACCUGCUGCAGAGAGCCGUGGCCGUAACGCUGUGCAUGGCGGCGUCCAACAGCGUGGUCAACCCGGUGCUGUACUACUACUCCACCAAGAAAUUCAAGGAAGACGUUGAGCACACUCGGCUACGUUGGAGUAGACGGCUGUCCUCUAGAAGUGGCUCCGUGAGAUCCAUGGGAAAGGCCGGGUCGAUGAAGGGUAAACCCAUGAAUUCAGUGGAUCUGGAGCAGAGUCCGUUAAGAACACAAUGUCCUGCURCAGACCAGAGGAUUCAAAUGACUGAGAAACCGUCUGGAUGCGUCUUUUGACUGAAAUGUGCUCAGAAUCCGUCCAGAAAACUGUCAGGAGAAACKGCUGCAGAUGAGGGUCUUCGAGUCCACAUCAGAUUCAUCUGUCACGUUUCCUUUUUCUUUGUCCAGUGUGAUGAAGGCUAGCUUUGUCAUUAGAACUGGUUUGUAAUCUUGGGUUUAAUCUGAGUUUAGUUGAGAUCAGAUUAUACUCCAGAGGAAGUAGGAAGGAKUUCUGUUGUCUUCUGAAGGAGUCACAUGUUCAUGGUUUCCUCCAGAUGUUGCUGUUCAGGUAAAAACGUGUUGUACAGGCUCCUCUCCAGGUCUGCAGCGCCCUCUUCAGGCCUGACUGGACUGAACAGGAAGAGGAAUCUUUAUUUUCCUGGGUUUUCUUGUAGUUUCCAUUGACCCUGAAGCUCCACUGCUCCCUGUGCCACCCAGUAAGCCGUUUACAGGGAAAUAACCCUGCAGCAGUUUCCUCCUGGUGAUUUUAAACGUUGUCUAACCAUGAAGCCGUCAGAGUGAAGCACUGAAACACUUUUGGGUGGGAUCUGAACAUGAGGUUCAUGUCCUGCUGAUCCUGUUUAUUUAACCGUCUUUAUGAUUUUCAGAAUAUGUUGGGAAACAGAACGGCCAUGUAAACAGGAAGCUUAAAAUGAAGGUCCAGCUGGACGUGUCGUCCCUUCUGUGUGGAUUUUUAUAUAAAUCAUUCACUUCCACAAACUCUGUCACUGUCUGUUUAUAUCCUGCUGUUUAAUUUAAUGUCUAUUUAUAAU